AUGGCCUCCUUGGCCAAUGUGGCCUCCACUUCUCGGGUGAAGGGGAGUAUCUGGCCGAUUGUGGAGAAGCAGGGUGAAACCCCUUGGCCGGCUGGUGAGGGGGAAACAACCCCUCCGCUGGAGCAUGGGGCGAGCGGAGGCGCCUGCACCCCGGGCCCCGGCCCCGUCCAGCCGGCGCCUGUGCCGGCGGCUCCCUGCAGGGGGCGCUGUGGGGCUCUGCCCGCCGCCGCCGGCCCGCUCUUGGCUGGGGGCGGGUCUUAUGGCGGCGCCGCUCCGCCUGGGCCGCGCCGCACGCCUGCUGCCGGCUGCCGCUACGGCCCUCGGUCUCGGGUUGUUCACGUCCGUGGGCCGCGGCGGCGGCUGGGGGCUUGUGCAAAGCCGGGUUUGUGGCCGCCGUGCCUGUGGGCAAGUCCCGGGUGUGGGGGGCUGCUGCCGGCCGGCUGGGGCGGGGGGCGGCCGGGGGAAGGAGCCGGUCUGGGCGCCCACCCCGGGGCUGCCGGUACCGCUGGGUGUCUGCGGGGAAGCCAGGCCUCGGCCGGGGCAGAGGAACCAGCAGCCGUAUUUUUGUGUGGUGGCACAUCUGUAAGACCCCCUCCUUCUAGCCAUGGACGGGUGUUGGAUUACCAUGGGUGUAAAAUCAGUGAUCCCUACUGCUGGCUUGAAGAUCCCGACAGUGAACAGACGAAGGCGUUUGUGGAGGCUCAGAACAAGCUUACAGUACCCUUUCUCGAGCAGUGUCCUGUCAGAGGGCUGUUCAAAGAACGAAUGACUGAACUCUACGAUUAUCCUAAGUACAGUUGCCACUUCAAGAAAGGAAAAAGGUAUUUUCACUUCUACAAUACAGGACUGCAGAACCAGCGAGUUUUAUAUGUACAGGAUUCCUUGGAUGCCGAUGCCAAAGUUUUUCUUGAUCCAAAUAAGCUUUCUGAUGAUGGCACUGUGGCUUUACGAGGUUAUGCAUUCAGUGAAGAUGGUGAAUACUUUGCAUAUGGCCUGAGUUCUAGUGGCUCUGAUUGGGUCACUAUCAAGUUUAUGAAAGUAGAAGGUCCUGAGGAUCUUCCAGAUACGCUGGAGAGAGUUAAAUUCAGUUGCAUGGCAUGGACCCAUGAUGGAAAAGGCAUGUUCUAUAAUUGCUAUCCAAAACAAGAUGGGAAAAGUGAUGGUACUGAGACCUCCACUAAUCUGCACCAAAAGCUGCAUUAUCAUGUGUUAGGAACUGACCAGUCAGAAGAUAUCCUGUGUGCUGAAUUUCCCGAUGAACCAAAAUGGAUGGGUGGAGCUGAGGUCUCAGACGAUGGUCGAUACGUCUUGCUGUCUAUUCGAGAAGGGUGUGAUCCAGUGAACAGACUGUGGUACUGUGAUCUACAGACAGAGUCUCAGGGUAUAUCAGGAAUUCUUCAAUGGGUGAAGCUGAUAGAUAACUUUGAGGCUGAGUAUGAGUAUGUCACCAAUGAAGGAACAGUGUUCACUUUCAAGACAAACCGCCACUCUCCAAAUUACCGGUUAAUCAACAUUGACUUCAGUGACCCAGAGGAAUCCAAAUGGAAAGUUCUCGUCCCUGAACAUGAAAGAGAUGUUCUAGAGUGGGUUGCUUGUGUGAGGUCCAACUUUCUGGUUUUGUGCUACCUACACGACGUGAAGAACAUCCUGCAACUACAUGACCUAGCUACUGGUGCACAUCUCAAGACUUUCCCCCUAGAGGUUGGCAGUAUUGUGGGGUAUAGCGGCCAAAAGAAGGACACCGAAAUAUUCUAUCAGUUUACUUCCUUUUUAUCUCCAGGUAUUAUAUAUCACUGUGAUCUGACCAAAGAGGAACUGGAGCCAAGAGUUUUCCGGGAGGUGACUGUGAAAGGAUUUGAUCCUUCGGUUUACCAGACAAUUCAGGUUUUCUACCCGAGCAAAGAUGGUACUAAGAUCCCAAUGUUUAUUAUUCACAAGAAAGGAAUUAAAUUGGAUGGUUCUCAUCCCGCCUUCUUGUACGGAUAUGGAGGCUUCAACAUAUCAAUUACACCAAGUUACAGUGUGUCAAGACUUAUUUUUGUGCGACACCUUGGGGGUGUUCUAGCGGUGGCGAACAUCAGGGGUGGUGGUGAAUAUGGAGAGACCUGGCACAAAGGUGGUAUCUUGGCCAACAAACAAAAUUGCUUUGAUGAUUUUCAGUGUGCUGCCAAAUACCUCAUCAAGGAAGGCUACACAUCCCCAAAGAAGUUGACAAUUAAUGGAGGCUCAAAUGGGGGCCUCUUAGUCGCUGCCUGUGCCAAUCAGCGCCCCGACCUCUUUGGUUGUGCCAUUGCCCAAGUGGGAGUGAUGGACAUGCUCAAGUUCCACAAGUACACCAUCGGCCAUGCUUGGACCACCGACUACGGUUGCUCCGACUGUAAAGAGCAGUUUGAAUGGCUGUGCAAGUACUCUCCACUUCACAACAUCAAACUACCAGAAGAAGAUGGCAUCCAGUAUCCCUCUACGCUGCUUCUCACAGCAGACCAUGACGAUCGCGUGGUCCCUCUCCAUUCGCUGAAGUUUAUCGCUACUCUGCAAUACGUUGUGGGCCGAAGCCGUAAACAAACCAAUCCGCUUCUCAUCCACGUCGACACCAAGGCUGGGCACGGAGCAGGAAAACCAACUGCUAAAGUUAUAGAAGAAGUGUCAGAUAUGUUUGCUUUUAUAGCACGAUGCCUAAAUCUUGAGUGGAUUGAAUAGGCAAAAUGCUUAUUACUGUCUCCUUUAAAAAACAAGGGCUUUAACACCAUUUAAAACCAACCAGACUACUACUUGGUGUAGUACUUACAUUUAAGAACUGCAGUUUAAUAUUUUAUUGAUCCAACCUGCUAUGGAGUUUUGAUCUUCCCUGUGCUUCCCUCUUUUUGGUGUUUCUUUGAAUUUCUUUUCUACUGCGUUCCAAAGUACAUUUUGAAAAGCAUGUUCAAAUGAAUAGCUGAGCUACUGUCGGUGCUGUUUGUGAACAUUUAGGUUCCAGAGUUUAGUGCUAGUUGAGCUUAUUUCCUGUAAACAAUUUUAAUGUAUUUUGCACCUAUAAACAUAUCCAGAUCAUCUGUAAUUAAAUGUAAGUACUGUCCACAUACAAGAACUCUGAGCAUACUUUAUUUACACAGUAACUUAUUUAAGAAUGUAAAUUGAAGGUGUUCAGUGAUAACCAUGAAAUACUGAUGAGACAGUAAUCUGGAUAAUGAAAUCAAAUAUUAUUAAAAAUCUUAUAUUACAUGCUGUUCAUUAGUGUGUUACAGUCUAUAAUAAUGAUGUUGCUAAAUUGUUCUUUCUUUACAAAGGGACUUCAAAAUGUCACCAGUUUUCUCUUCUGUCAUUUAUUUCCACUCAGAAGAGAAAGAAAAUUGCAGGCCGGAAAACUUGAAGAAUUCUUAGAUUCUCAUUGUAAUCUCAGUCAAGAUAUACAAAUACUCUUAAAAAACUUGACUGAUGUUAGCUCUUUAUUUCUUAAAAAAAAAAAACAAACAAAAAAAAAAACCACAAAACCACAGAUUUGUCCA